CUGUAGCGGUGCCGGCGCCAUGGAAGACGCUGGCUGCCGGGCGCAGUUCCUCGCCGCCGUUCAGGUUAUCCAAGGGCUCCCCCGGAGCGGCUCGUACCGACCCUCCUACGAGGAGAUGCUGCGUUUCUACAGCUACUACAAGCAGGCGACGGCGGGGCGCUGCGAGGGCCCGAGGCCCGGCUUCUGGGACCCCAUCGGCCGGUACAAGUGGGAUGCCUGGAACAGCCUGGGGAGGAUGUCCAAAGAGGAGGCAAUGGAGGCUUACGUGGUUGAGAUGAAGAAGGUGGCCCAGAAGGUCAUUGAUACAGUUCCUAUGGAUGAGACAACAGAGGAGAUGUUCAGGUACUUCGAGCCGCUCUAUGAGGUGAUCCAUGACAUGCCCCGGCCCCCUGAGGCCUUCUUCAAGAGGAAAGGGGAGCCCAGCCAGGAUGACCCAGCAAGCAGCCUGGCUGCAGAGCACCAAGAAGAUGCCUUGCCCAGAGAGCAGCAGAACGAGCAGCAUACGCCAGGAGGGGUGCUGGCUCCUGCCACCGCACUGGAGGGCACCCAGGCGACCAGUGACUCUGAGGGUGAUGUGUACUGCGAUACCGUGGAGCAGAUGGAGUCUGAGCAGGCUGGGCAGCCUCUGGUGCUCUGCCUGAACAGUGGCCAGGCUGGGCCUGAGCCCCUUACCCCCCCCGGUGCUGGGCAAGGGGAGCAGGGUGAAGGCAGAAGACUAGAGGGGAGCAGCAGCACUGGCUCCAAGAGAGGUCUCUGUCUGGCUGGGGGGAAGCAGGACACUGAGAGCACCCCUGAGCUCAGCCGGAGGCUGGUGGUGGAGCUGGAUGCCUGUGUGGCCAGCACAGUGCAAGCCCUGCAGGAUGACAUGCAGCAAGUGUUGGAGCGCCUGAGUGAGCUGGAGAUACUCACCUCCUCUCAGGGGGAUGCAGCUGGGACUGAGCCCAGACAGCUGCUUGCUUUGCAGGCACCAUCCCCGUGGCCCCUGACCGUUUCCCCACACACCCUACUCUUCCUCGUCACCUGGCCCUUCGUCACCCAGUGGCUGCUGCACCGCUGGCAGGACAGGAAGAGGUGACCAUUGUAUUCCCACUGCCAUCACUGGCCCCGAGUGGGGUGCAGGACAGCCCUGCCGGGGUGCCAGCACCCUCCCUCCUCAUCCUGCUUUGCUGAGCCAGGGAAGCACCACGCAAUCGGUAAAGGCAUCGCCUGGCACAGCCCCGGGCCGCCUGCAGGCUGGGACCCUGCCCCCGAGGGACAGCAGCCACUGUGCUCCACCAAUCCCAACUGUCACGCUCAGGGCCUCACCAGCACUGCCGGCACCGGCAUCCACAGGGAGUGGGGUGUGGGAUCAUAACGUGCCUCAGGUGGGAUCCCCCGGGAUCUCAUCAUUGCUGCACACAGACUGUCCGACUGCCUACCGGACCUUAGCCGUGGCGCUGGGUGGGCAUCAGGGGGAUGGCCCCUUACCCCGUCCCCAGAGACUGGUUCCAUGAAGUGCUUGGACAUUUGAACCUGCCUCAAUUAAAGCUGCUUGUUCAGUUCA